AUGAUCAGUGAGUAAAACCCUAACUAAAACCCUAAGACCUAGAACCUUCUAUUCCCCUCUAGAGCAUUGGUCCCUGUGGCACCCUCUUCUCGCACGGCUUAAUCCUCUCAUUUUUAAGGGGACAGAUCGCCAUUUUCCCUUUCGCCCGCUAUACUACAAUCCUCAAAAUUGCAGUGACGAGAUAGAUUUUGGAUUACUAGAAUGGCUAAGCGCUUGAUUCCAACCCUUAAUCGCGUGCUGGUGGAGAAGAUCGUUCCUCCCUCCAAAACCACCGCUGGUAUUCUCCUCCCCGAGUCAUCCACGAAGCUGAAUUCAGGGAAGGUUAUCUCUGUUGGUCCUGGAUUGAGGAGCAACGAAGGAAAAACUAUCCCUACAUCGGUUAAGGAAGGAGACACUGUGCUGUUGCCUGAGUAUGGAGGAACCCAAGUGAAACUUGGGGAUAAAGAGUUUUAUUUGUACAGGGAUGAGGACAUCUUGGGCACUCUACAUGAGUGAUUGAUUGGUUGCUUAUUGUUAUUUUCCAUCUAAAAUGAGUUUUUGUUUUGGAGCUCUAUAAGACUAAAACGUUAUGGGUUAGGAGUUAUGUAACUUACGGAUAUUGAUGAUGAUUUUUAAUUGAACUAAGUUAUUUUGGAAUUUGAGAAUGGAAUUAUCUCUUCCUUGUUGCUUUUGCA